AUGACGGUUGCUGUUGUGACGGGUGCGAGUCGCGGCAUUGGGAAAGCUAUCGCUCUCCGACUCGCACGAGAUGGCAUGGACGUCGCUGUCAAUGACAUUGAGAGUCAGCGGGCUCGUCUGGAGGAAGUGAAGACGGAGAUAGAACAAAUGGGCCGAAGGGCAGAAGCUGUCGUUGCCGAUGUGACCUCUGAAUCCGAAGUUGAACGCCUGAUUCAGACCGUCGUGCACUGUUUCGGUGAACUCAAUGUCUUCAUCGCAAAUGCAGGUAUUAUAUCGAUGAAUGGAAUCUUGACAGAGACAGUCCAGAACUGGGAACGGGUUUUAGAGGCUCUAGAUGCUUUGGCCUACAGUGUGAGCAAGUGGGGUAUUCGGGGCCUCACACAGUGCUGUGCGCAGGAUUUGGCGCAGUACAAUAUAAAUGUCAAUGCUUAUUGCCCCGGACCAGUUCAAACAGAUAUGUACGAGAAGAUUGACCAGAUACGUGGCGUGUCUCAAGGGGCUGUCAAAUGGGAGAGUUUCAACCAAGCUGUUCGAACAAAGGCUGCGCUCAAAAGAGGCUCUACUCCUGAAGAUAUUGCCGACGCUGUCAGUUUUCUGGCCGGAGCGCAGUCGAACAUGAUCACUGGUCAAAGCAUCAUUAUCGAUGGCGGAAUGUACUUUUCAUAG